CGCUAGUCGAACCGGGAGACGAGUCAGAUACCUCGUCGGCCUUCCGGGGCGGGGCGGGACCGGAACUCCCCAUCAGCUGAGCGGCGGCGGGCCCGCCCAAUGGGCGGUGGGCCCGGAGGUCUCGCGAGAACGCGGCGCGGGGUCCUCUGGGAGCGGGGCCGGGAGAGCAGCGGCGGGGUCGGCGAGCUGGGGAUGGAGGGCGCGACGGGCGAGCGGGCGCCGCUGCUGGGCUCGCGGCGGGAGGCGGCCUCGGCGGCCGGGGCGUUCACCGGGCGGCGGGCGGCCUGCGGCGCAGUGCUGUUGACCGAGCUGCUGGAGCGCGCGGCUUUCUACGGCGUCACGUCGAACCUGGUGCUGUUCCUGAACGGGCCGACGUUCGGCUGGGAGGGCGCGCAGGCCAGCCAGGCGCUGCUGCUCUUCAUGGGCCUCACCUACCUGGGCUCGCCCUUCGGGGGCUGGCUGGCCGACGCGCGGCUCGGCCGGGCGCGCGCCAUCCUACUCAGCCUGGCGCUCUACCUGCUCGGCAUGCUGGCUUUCCCGCUGCUGGCCGCGCCCGCGUCCCGCGCCGUGCUCUGCGGGCCCCAGCGCCCCUCGCGCGUGCUCAACUGCUCAGCGCCCUACCCGAACGGCACGGCCGUCUGCCCCGACCACGCCCCGCGCCGCUGCGCGCCCGCCACCUUCGCGGGCCUGGCGCUCGUGGGCCUCGGCGUGGCCACCGUCAAGGCCAACAUCACGCCCUUCGGUGCGGACCAGGUCAAAGAUCGAGGUCCCGAGGCCACUAGGAGAUUUUUUAACUGGUUUUACUGGAGCAUUAACUUGGGAGCCAUCCUUUCAUUAGGAGGCAUUGCGUACGUGCAGCAGAACGUGAGCUUCUUCUCGGGCUACCUCAUCCCCACGGUGUGCGUGGCUGUUGCUUUCGUGGUUUUCCUCUGUGGCCAGAGUGUUUUCAUCACCAAGCGCCCAGACGGCAGUGCCUUCACUGAUAUGUUCAGGAUUCUCGUCUACUCAUGCUGCGCCCAGAAGCGCCGUGCAGCGCGCCUCAGCAGCGGUGAAGGCCUUGGAGUCUUUCAGCAAUCUUCUAAACAAAGUCUGUUUGAUUCAUGUAAGAUGUCUCAUGGAGGGCCGUUCACAGAAGACAAAGUGGAAGACGUGAAAGCCCUGGUCAAGAUCGUGCCCGUGUUCUUGGCUCUGAUCCCUUACUGGACAGUGUAUUUCCAAAUGCAGACCACGUAUGUCCUGCAGAGUCUUCACUUGAAGAUUCCGGAAAUCUCGAGCAUUACAACCAACCCACACACGUUCCCCGCUGCCUGGCUCACCAUGUUCGACGCUGUGCUCAUCCUCCUGCUCAUCCCACUCAAGGACAAGCUGGUGGACCCGGUCCUGAGAAGGCACGGCUUGCUGCCGUCCUCCCUGAAGAGGAUCGCUGUGGGCAUGUUCUUCGUGAUGUGCUCCGCCUUCGCCGCCGGAAUCCUGGAAAGCAAAAGGCUGGACAUUGUUAAAGAUAAACCCAUCAACCAGACCAUUGGCCAUGUGGUCUACCACGCCGCGGACCUGCCCAUCUGGUGGCAGGUCCCGCAGUACGUGCUCAUCGGCAUCAGCGAAGUGUUCGCCAGCAUCGCAGGUCUGGAGUUCGCGUACUCGGCUGCCCCCAAGGCCAUGCAGAGCGCCAUCAUGGGGCUGUUCUUCUUCUCCUCCGGAGUCGGCUCCUUCGUGGGCUCGGGGCUGCUGGCACUGGUGUCUCUCAGAGCCAUCGGAUGGAUGAGCAGCCACACGGACUUCGGUAACAUCAACGGCUGCCACCUCAACUACUACUUCUUCCUGCUGGCCGCCAUCCAAGGAGCCACCCUCCUGCUCUUCCUCAUCGUCUCUGUUCGAUACGACCGGCCGCGGGUGCGAGGGGACGGAGCGCCCCCCAGCGCCAGGGCCUGACGGCUGCCCGCGGCACGAAUGUGAAUUUGGCUCCCCUGCUGUCCCGCCCACGGCAGGUGGUGAGCGAGCGCGAGCGCCUUUGGGGCCUCCGCACGCGGCCUCCCGCAGCCCCCGGGCUCUGAUCUUCCGCUUCGGCCGUCCGCCUCGCCUCUGCCAACCCUGUCGCCGCGUGUCCUCCUCACAGAAGCCACAGGCGGCUGUGGACGUCCUGCCGCCGCCCCUGGGACAUCAGCGGUGCAGGCCUGUGCGGAGGGGCGCCUCCGAGGCCAGAGCGUGGCGAGAUUCCGUGCCCUGCAGUCCCGGGAGGGUCUCGUUCACGGAUCCUGCAGAGGCCACACAUCUUGCUGCUGCGGGGUUUUUGCGGCUCAGUAGUGCAGCUAGUCUCCUGCUUAUUUCUGAAACUUUGAAUGGCUUCUCGUCCGAGUGGGAGCUGCAUCGCUGAUCACUGGGACGCGUGUCCUCGGUCGGGCCACAGCAGCCCUGGGCGUCCAGGCCAAGCCUCAUCAGUCCUGUCUGCAGUUCUGAGGGCGGCAGCGAGGCCGGGCCGCCUGUGAACGGCCUGCGUCGUGGGGAGGGUGAAGGUGUUGCCUGUGAGCGUGCUGCCUGCCGCUGGCGUUCUUACUGACUGUCGGGUUCGCAGCUUGUGACCAGACUCUUCUGUUUGUUGCUGUAUUUUUGGUGUACUUUAUUAUAAAAACAUCUCAGAACGUG